GGGGCACGUGGGAAAGCCCUUUCUUACUCUCUUCGCUCAGCUCUUGCAAGCUCCCGGGCUGUUUCCUGAAGAGUCUGUCUGCACUGCACCCUCACAGAGCACUGGAGCCACCUUUUGGAUCGUCUCCUCUUUGGGGCGGAGUGGAAACAUUUGAGAUGCAGCCAGCUAAGUGCCCGAUUUCCUUUGAGGAAGUGGCCGUGCGCUUCACCAAGGCAGAAUGGGCCCUGCUGAGUCCUGACCAGAGAGCUUUGUACAGGGAAGUCAUGGUGGAGAAUUAUGAGAACGUGGCUUCUAUAGCGAUUCCCAAGCCCGUCCUCAUCUCCUGGCUUCAGGCAAGUGAAGUGCCAUUUCCCUUGUACUCCGAAGAAGAGGCCAGGUUGGCAGGUGACAGGCCGGAUGACAAGAAUUAUAGCCUGAGACAUGUGGUGUUUUUUGAAACAAUCAGCCACGAAGUGGAGGAAGAGCCUUCUGGGAGUCAAGAAGAAUCAAGGAGGUUGGAAGAGAACCAAGUGGAGAAGUUGGGGAAUCAGUCUGUAGUUUUUGAGGCUGAGGGCUUGCUUGAAAAACCAGCUCAAGAAGAGUAUCUCAAAGGAAAGGGGAGGAAUAAGUGUUCUGAAAGCUUGUAA